AUGGCAAUCUCUCCCGACUCUUCCAACAAGACGAACUUCCCGUGUACAGGAGUUGCCACUGCCGUCGAUGGUUCCGGGAUCUCCAUGGGAAUCGGUUCCUCAAACACGCAUGACGUCUACAGUUGGGGAACGUCCAACGCAUCGGGGAAACUCUGUCGUCGGGACCCUCUGGAUCAUCCCACACCCCGCCACGUCCCCGCAAAGGCGCAUUACGACGGUCCGUCAGUACCGCGACGUGUCUACGUGGGUGGGACGGAAGAAUCAGGACACGCCGCUCUACUCACCAUGCACGGUGAACUCUGGAUGUGCGGAUGCGAUCGUUGGCAACAACUUGGACUCGGCAGUCCACACGGUGGAGCCAGUGGCUACACCUGGACACAGAUAUGGCAUACACAAUUUCAACGUAACCACUUUGUUAGUAACCACGUAACGAUACGGGAUGUGGCCCUGGGCGGGGAUCAUACCCUCGUGCUGGCCAACGACAAGGACGGUACCGUCUAUUCCUUCGGGAAGGGGGCCGAAGGACAGUUGGGACUACGCACCAAACCAUUUGUGCACGCCCCAACGCCAUCCCCAAAACUCUCCCAUCCCCACAAUGCUGCCGUGUGUGCCAUAAGGGAUUGCUCUCUGACGUUGGAUCCAGAAGGAAGGGUACAACAAAUGGCGGGCAAAUGCCGUAACUUCGAGCAAGCCUUGGCUGCCUGUCGACAACGAGCACGGACCCACGGACUGCUCCAAGAAAGCGACAAAUCUGCCUCGGGUGAAGACACUGCGCCAUCCGCUUGA